AUGGGAAUCAAGGGCCUGUUGCCCCUGCUCAAAUCCAUUCAAAAGCCGUGUACCCUCAAGAAGUUCGCCGGACAAACGAUCGGAGUAGACGCGUACGGAUGGCUACAUCGCGGUGUUGUUGGCUGCGCGUUUGCUCUUGCCCUGGGAAAACCUACGACCAUUCAUAUCGACUUUGUGCUCAGUAGAGUCCGUAUGCUUCUGGACUUUGGCGUGACACCAUAUUUGAUAUUCGAUGGAGACAAUCUACCCAGCAAGGCCGGUACGAAUGAAGCCAGGCGAAAGAAAAGACAAGAAAGCAAGGCCCUUGGAUUGGAACUUUACAGGGCCGGGAAGACUAGUCAAGCGCAACAGGAACUGCAAAAGUCCGUCGACGUGACUCCACUCAUGGCACGGCAACUGAUCGAGGAACUGAAGAAGCUCAAUGUUCAGUAUGUUGUUGCGCCAUAUGAAGCUGAUGCGCAGCUUGUCUACCUGGAAAACAAAGGGAUCAUUGAUGGGAUUCUUUCGGAAGACUCCGAUCUUCUCGUAUUUGGCGCGAAGCGCCUGCUGACCAAACUCAAUCAAUAUGGAGAACUAGUCGAGAUUGAGAGAACAGACUUUCCUCUGUGCAAAGACAUGAAUCUUGCAGGAUGGACGGAUACUAUGUUCAUGCGACUUGCUAUCCUCAGUGGCUGCGACUAUCUCUCGAACAUCGAGAAGCUGGGCCUCAAAACUGCGUAUGGGUACGUGCGCAAAUACAAAGACAUCGAGAAAAUCCUGCGCAUAAUACAGUUCGAAGGCAAGUUGGUGGUUCCGAACGGCUAUCUGGAUAGUUUCCGGCAGGCAGAGUUGACAUUUUUGCACCAUCGCGUUUUCUGCCCCAUUGCACAGAAGAUGGUCUUCCUAAGAGACCUCGCCCCUGGGGCUAGAGAGCAGGAUAUGCCGUAUUUAGGACCCCCCGUGGAGCCGGACACAGCCAUAGGUGUGGCCUGUGGCGACCUUGAUCCAUUUACAAAGAAACCUAUCCAGAUCGGAAAAGCCGAAACUGCCAGUCGCGCUGUACUGGGUGAGAACAGACGACACAGCUACGCAACACCAGUGUCACUGAAGCCAAAGAAAUCCAUCGAGACUUUCUUCAAGCCACACCGACAACCGCUUGCUGAGUUAGAUCCAAACAGUCUCACACCAUCCCCGUCCCAGCAGAGACUUCUGGAGCGUCAUCACAAUGCAUCCUGGGAGCCUAGGUUGGUGACUUCUGCGCCUGCACCCAGGCGUAACGCGGCCGCAUUUGUCAAUACGACGUCGGAAACCAACCGAUCAGCUUUCUUGGCUCGGGCGUCUAUCAAGUCCACCUAUCAGCCUCUCAAAAGACAGCGUCUAUGUUCUGACUCAGCAGAUCCUCCCACUCAUGAGGUUAAGCAAAGUCCGUUCUUUGUCCCGAUAGCCGAUGAAGUCGAAGUCAGCCCGUUGGCGGACAAGAAGGGAAAGGCCAAGAAGACCCGAAGAUCUGGGUUUCAGGUUUACUCGGACGAUUUUCUUGAAGCCAACGCUUUCCAUGAGACACAGUCUGCUGUUCAGCAGAAAGCCAGCCCGGACAAAAGUCUUCAAGUAAAGCCAAUAAUUGAUGCCAUCACAAAACCACAGCCUGAUGACAACGAGGACCCCGAAUCAAUUCCACAAUCAUCACCCCCGGCGUCACCAUCUUCCCCAUUGUAUCCAUCACUACCAUCUGCUUCGGAGAAGAGCCCAGGUGGAAUCAGUCCGAGCUCCAGCGGGAUGCAGUAUGUCGGUCAAGACACAGAUCCCGAGGCGUUCGAGGAUCUUCUAGAGUAUCAUGUCAGAAAACAAAACGAAAGACUGCUGGGAAAAUAUGCCUUCGAAUCUUCGCGGAAGACUACGACGCCUCUGAAUUCAACUCCAGCAGCGACAGCACCACCACCGCAAAGGAUGCAGACAGCUCUGCUGAGUACAUUUACGAAGUCAGGCCCGACAAGGCGAAACCAUGGAACACCAGAAUUAUUACAAACUUUCCAAUACCAGUCACCCGAAAGACGACAGUCUGCACUCGAGUCGCUUAGCCUUCCUGUGGUUGUGAAAGGAGACGCAGCUGCGGCGGUAAAUGUGCGUGGAAGUGAGGAUGCUAUUAUACCGAAUAGCGAAGACGAUGGCUCUGAGAUUGGUUCUCCGGAUCGAAAGCCAAAACUCGAUCUAAGUGCAUUUGCUUUUGUCCCUGCAUGA